AGCUGUAUCCCUUCUAGCCAAAAUCGCUCGCUGCAAGUGCGUUUGAAUCACAUGAGGUAGAUUACUGAAACAUUACACUACUGUCACUUGAGAGACUUAGCAAGCGAAGUCAGAGAAUGAGCUGAAAUGACAGCGAAUGUAGAGACGAGACGAAGAAAACUCGGUGCAGACACAGAAAAACAAGAACCCAUCGUAUCUCUUUCCUCAGAUCUUUUGGAGGAUCACAAUGGGGUUGGAGUUAAUUUCCCAUGCGCUGACAGGGUUUGUGUAGCUCAUGUGCACUCAGAUGCUGGAGAUGGCGCCCAUACAUCUAAACAACCAAAGAGAACAUGCAGUGUUGGUGAUGAAGUCUGGGACGAGAACCCAUGCAAGACUACGAUAAGUGCAGAAAAUGAAGUGGAGGCACAAAAACUUGCAAAUAAUUAUAAGUUUGGAUUCCGGAAAUGGAAAAGUCAUGUGACGGAGCGACCCCUGGAAGAGAGAUCUGAUGUUGUAAAGGAGCUUUACUCUGAGCUAAACGUUAUUAAACCCUACUCAGUGGGUUCAUUGUUCAAUGCUGGCAAUAUACUUUAUGUAUUCCUGUUUGGCUGGUGGAUCUCCCUAGUUUAUGUUUUUGUUGGUGUCCUAAUGUUCCUCACAGUUAUAGGAAUACCAUACGGGAAACUCUGUUGGAGAUUGUCCUGCUAUUUUCUGUGGCCAUUUGGGAAAGCCAUUCAAAAGGUCAAUGUCUCAGUGCCAACAUUCAGUGUGAUGAUCUUCCAGGAUGGCACUUCUGUAGAGGCGGAGGAGGAUGGAAAGCCAUCUUCUCUGUUACUGCCAACACCCGUGGAGGAGCCUAUAGAUGAAUCCACAGGAAAUCUACAGGAGGAGCGCUAUUGGUGUCAUGUGAGCACAUACGUGUGGCUGUUGGUGGGUUACCCUGUCCUGGCCCUCACACACUCUUUAGUGUGCUUGAUCUCCUGGCUGCUGGUUUUUACAAUCCCUGUUGCAAAGAUGAGCGCCAAGACCUUACACAGCAUCCUGCUCGUAAACCCUGAAUACAUUUAUAUCAGCCAAGUCACAGAGGUUCAGGAUGAGGAAGACGAAGUCAUUCUGUGCUGCUAUCAUGCAGUGAACCUCUACUAUUAUAAAUACACAGUGGAUGGGAUCAAUGUUUUUGCUGUUAAUCUCUUACCAUUAGUUAUAGUGUCACUAGUGAUUGGUUAUGUUGACCAAACAAACCAGUUUGCUAGUUCUGAAGUCAAAUUUGCCACAGCCGUCAGCUCCAUCAUUCCUCUCUCCUAUUACAUUGGCAUGGGCAUCGCAAGUAUAUCCGCUCAGAGCAACUUUGCUGUCGGUGCCGUGGUGAACGCUACGUUCGGCUCCAUCACGGAGUUAACCUUUUACAUCACAGCCUUGCUCAGAGGUCACCGGCAGAAAAAUACAUGCCUGCAGGAGAUCGUGAAAGCGGCUCUUACUGGGACCCUGCUGGGCUGCAUACUUUUUAUUCCAGGGAUAUGUAUGAUAAUCGGAGGCAUAAAGCACAGGGAACAGAGGUUUAACAGUCGCUCGGCAGGUGUCAGCUCCUCUCUGCUCUUUAUAUCAAUAGGAGGAGUGUUUGCUCCUACUCUCUUCUCUAAAGCUUAUGGGAAUCUAAUAUGUGAGGACUGUACCAACUCUACAAGGACCAACAGCACUGGAUCCUUCACAUGUAAAAGCUGUCAUUAUGACCUGAGUGAAAAUAACUACAGUCUGUUUCACAGUCACGUUGAGCCUCUUGUGUACACCGUUUGUGUUCUCCUACCCGUGUCCUAUAUCAUCGGCCUCAUCUUUACUCUCAAAACUCAUUCGUACAUUUAUGACAUUCAUGUUGGUGAUGGAACUGCAGGUCAUCUAGGAGCAUCAGUGCACUGGUCCCGCUGGAGAUCUUUACUCAUCCUGAUCAUCGCCACAGUUCUGAUGUCUGCCUGUGCCGAUCUGACCACUGAACACAUUCAGCCCAUACUCAAUUAUCCAUCUAUAUCUCAGUAUUUUAUAGGUGUGACUGUUUUAGCCAUGGUUCCUGAAAUACCAGAAAUCGUCAAUGGAAUCCAGUUUGCUCUCCAAAAUAAAAUCAGCUUGAGUUUCGAGGUUGGAAGCUGCAUCGCUGUGCAAGUGUGUAUGAUUCAGAUCCCGAUCUUGGUUUUAUUCAACGUCUUUUAUGAUGUUGGGUUUGUACUCCUCUUCAGUGACCUGCACCUGUGGGCCAGCAUCUUCAGUGUUAUUGUUGUCAACUAUAGUUUUAUGGAUGGAAAAUCUGAUUACUUUCAAGGUACUGCUCUAGUAGUGGUUUAUUUUAUCCUACUUGCACUGUAUUUCUUCGCACCCUCUCCUCCUGGAUGCUGAGAAUAUCAAACAUUGCAGCUCGUCGCAUUCACAAUGUGAAUUUCCAAUUUGAAACAAAAACUAUGAGAGAUUAUAUUAUUGUAAGUUACUUUCAAUUUUACACUGUUCUAUUAACAAUUCAUCCUUUAGCAUAUCAUUAACAGUUCUUUCACUUCUACAAUAAGGACUGAACCUAUUUCAGCACUUUAAUAUGUAUAUACUGUAGUCUUAGGUACAAAAGAAGGCUUAAGACAAUGAGAGUGCUUAUGGAUUUAAUAUUUUACUAAAAAAACUGUGCAUAAUAAAUAAUGCAUUUUGGACUGUUCAGAAAUAAUACUUAAAGGGAUAGUUCACCCAAAAAUGAAAAUACUGUUAUCAUUUACUCACCCUCAUGUUGUUUUAAACAUAUAUGAAUUUUUUAUUUUAUUUUGAAAAACAUAAAAGAAGAUAUUUUGAUAAAUGAUGGUAAGCACACAGCUGACCGUAACCAUUGACUACCAUAGUAGGAAAAAUAUUAUGUAAGUAUUGUGAUAAAUGAUGAAAAAGAUAUUUUGAUAAAUAAUGGUAAGCACACAGUUGAUGGUACCCAUUGAAUUCCAACAUAUUUGUUUUCCUACUAUGGAAGUUAAUAGUUACCAUCAUUUAUCAAAAUAUCUUCUUUUGUGUUCAUUAAAUUAAUACAGAUUUGUAACAACAUCAGGGUGAGGAAAUUAUGACAGAAUUUUCAUUUUCGGGUGAACUAUUUAUUUUAAUAUAAAACAUAUUUGGUGUUUUACAAAAGAAAGAGUUUAUUUUUAGUUUAUGUUCUAGUUAAACUAGCAAGUUGGAAGUGAUGGUCCAUCAAUACUUGAACUUCAUAUAGGGGUGCGUGGGGCAAAAACUAACGCGGGGUUAGUGGUAACACGGACUGUUUACAUUGUUGCACAAGGUUGAGCUUUUUGUUUUUACAGUAUUUUUUCACGCUGUAAAAAGACAAUCUCCCGCAAAUAAUUGGAAAUGUAUAAUGUUUUUCCAAAGAGUUAUUGAUGAACGAGUGUUUUGGUGGCAUCCAAGUAAAUUUUUUCAGUUGGGUGUGUAAGAUACCAAAUUUGCUGCUGUCAUAUUAAUCAGUGUUUUGUUGAUUAAAACAGCAUCGUUUUGAAAUAUGUAUGCAGCUCUUAGCGACUUUUUUUGGUGGGCUUGAAAAUAUUUUGACCCAGCGGGUUAAUUGUAACGCUGUGUUACAACUAACCCCUCAGCACUUAUGGUAUGAAAACCGCUAGCGUUAGCGUAAUUCUUGCCGUUGUUUUAAAUAGGCUACACACUGAAGAUUGCUGGCUGCCAACAAAAUAAAUGUGCUUCUCUUAUCAAAAAAAUAUUUUUGUUCAUAUAUUUAAUAUUGAUUGAAUAAGGUCACGUCAAAGAUUGAAAUCAUAAUGAAAUAAAUGGCUAAAAUCA